CCAGUUGAUUUGGUUUGAUGUGAGAAAGGUUCUGGAUCAUUUGCUGUGUUCAGAAGAGCAAUGAACUGCAAAUACAAUCUCUUAUUGUUGUUCCUCUGUGGCUUCGCUGCACUCUCUGUGUCAACAGAGACAUGUGGAACAGAUCUACAAGUGGGAACGUCCUGCAUCAUUAAGCGGAAAACAAACAACAACAAAGAGAAACCUCAUGAGAGAAAAUGGGUCCACAGCAUAAACGGCAACAUUCUUCGCUGGAAAGAUAAGAAAGUCAGAGUAAUAUAUGAAGGUAUAUCUAUGGAAGAAGAUGGAUCAUUGAGAUUAUUAAAUGUUAGUCUGAAGGACACGGGCAAAUUUACCUUCACUGAAUUUAAUGAUGUUGGUACAGAGAUUGGUAAAGACGAAGUGGAAAUUAAAGUAUAUGAAAAGGCCCCUAAACCCACUGUGAUACCCAAAUGCUCAAAAGAUGGGAACGCGACUCUCUCCUGUAACAUUGGAAACAGAAAAGAUCUGACUGUAUCCUGGUAUAAAGAAGACAAAAAGAUCCAGAAUGAGACAAACCCUCAAAUGUUCUUGUCAUCUACUCAAGUACAGGAGUAUAAACCGUACUCAUGCGAGGCACACAAUCCUGUCAGCAAAGACAAAAGUGAGAGUACCCCAAUAUCAUGUUCAGGUUCAGGUUUUGGUCCAGGUGGUAAACUCUUUGGUUUUGAUUUCUGGGCCAUGGUGGGCAUCCAAGCCGGCCUGGGAGCCCUUCUGCUUCUGCUGAUCUGUGUUCUCAUCAUCUGUGCGUGUAAAAGAUGUCAGGAACGGUAUAACUGUACUGUUGUGGAAUGUGCAAUUUUUAAAUUAUAAUUAUGCCUUUUUAUGUAUGCAGUACUUAUGUGUUAUAUAACCACAAUUGUAACUUCAUAUUAAGAAAGUGUUUUUAUAAAGACACCAGAAAUUAAUAAAAACAAUUUAUUAAAAUGUGUUAUAUAAUAA